GUACAAACUGUUUUGACGACGCCAUUUGUCGAAGCGUGUAUUGUAUUUGGUGUGCGUGCAUACAGAGUUGAGAAAAAACGGCGUGAAAGGCGAGCAAAGCUCGAAAAAACAUGCCGCCCACCGUGGAGGACGCCGCCGUGCUUCCUCCGGUGGAGGAGCCGGCGCCCAAGGAGGACGCGGCGCCGUCAACGGCAACGGAGACCGCAGCCGCCGAUUCCGCGGCGCCGCCGAAAGAACCGGCCGCGCCAGCAGCUCCCGAACCACAGCCGCCGCCGGCGCCUGCCCCUCCUAAACCGACGAUCGGUAUCAUCUACCCGCCGCCGGAGCUUCGAAACAUCGUCGACAAAACCGCCGCGUUCGUGGCGCGCAACGGGCCCGAGUUCGAGGCUCGCAUUCGACAGAACGAGAUCAACAACGCCAAGUUCAACUUCUUGAAUUCGGGCGAUCCGUACAAUGCCUACUACCAGCACAAGGUCAAGGAAGCCAAGGAGGGCAAGAUCCAGCCCGAGCUGGCGAUCGUCCCGACCCCGACGAAGCCCGGUUCGCAGCAGCAACAGUCCGGCGGGGCACCCGGUAAGCAGGAGAUCUCGAAGAUCGUCGAGCAGCCCAUCGUGCCCAAGGAGCCGCCGCCCGAUUUCGAGUUCGUCGCCGAUCCGCCGUCGAUCUCGGCGAUCGACCUGGACAUCGUCAAGCUGACGGCGCAGUUCGUGGCGCGCAACGGGCGCCAGUUCCUGACCAACCUGAUGAACCGCGAGCAGCGCAACUACCAGUUCGACUUCCUGCGGCCGCAGCACAGCCUCUUCAACUACUUCAUGAAGCUGCUGGAGCAGUACACCAAGAUCCUCGUGCCGGGCAAGGACCUAAUGCCGCGGCUCAAGCGCGAGUCCGAGGACCCGAAGGUCAUCCUGGACCAGGUGCGCUACCGCGUCGAGUGGACCAAGCUGCAGGAGGCGCAGAAGCGCCGGGAAGAGGAGGAGGCCGAGCGGGAGCGCGUCCAGUACGCGCAGAUCGACUGGCACGACUUCGUCGUGGUCGAGACGGUCGACUACCAGCCCAACGAGCAGGGCCUGUUUCCUCCGCCCACAACUCCGGACGAAGUGGGCUCCCGGGUGCUGGCCCAGCAGAGGAUGGAGGAAGAGGGCGAAGAGGUCGAGAUGGAGGUCGAGUCCGAUGAAGAGGGCGGCGGAGCAAGCGACAAGGAGGACGAGGAAUCGGCGGCGCCGACGACGACGACUUCCGCCAACGCAGCCGCGGCGUCGAACCUGCCGCCCAGGGCCCCGAGCCCUCCGCCGCAGCCGCCCAAGGAGGCGCCCCCGCAGCUACCGCCACUGCCUCCGAACCCAGAGCAGGUGGUCGUGCGCAAGGACUACAACCCGAAGGGUGGCAAGCCGGCCAAGCCGUCCUCGGAGCAGUUCCUCAUCUCGCCCAUCACGGGCGAGAAGAUUCCUGCGGACAAGAUGCAAGAACACAUGCGCAUCGGACUCCUGGACCCGCGCUGGGUGGAGCAGCGCGACCGCGCCAUACAGGAUAAGAUGCAGCAGGAUGAAGUGUUUGCGCCCGGCUCGGCCAUCGAGAGCAGCCUGAAGCAGUUCGCCGAGCGCCGUACGGACAUCUUCGGUUUCGGCGACGAAGAGACGGCCAUCGGAAAGAAGAUCGGCGAGGAGGACAGGCGGCCCCAGGAGAAGGUGACUUGGGACGGCCACACAGCCAGCAUGGAGGCGGCCACACGCGCGGCCCGUGCCAACAUCACCAUCGAAGAGCAGAUUCAGCAGAUCCACAAGAUAAAGGGCCUCCUGCCCGACGAGGAGAAGGAACGGAUUGGUCCGGCCAAGCCGCAGCAUGGCUCGCACCAUCAGAUGCAGCCACCACUUCCGCCAUCCAACCUCCCACCUUUGCCUCCGCCACCCGUUUCGGCUGCCCCGCCUGUGAGCGCGCCGAAGCAACCACCACCGAAGCCACCGCCGCCGCCGCAGGCGCCACCGCCAAAGUCAACGGCGUCGUCAACGCUGCAUCCGCCGCCGUCGCUGCGGACUCAGAUGGCACCUGUCAUCGCCCACCCGCCCGUGCCAACACCGCCACGUCCAAUGAUGGCGGCACCGCAGGGCAUCCUGAUGUCUGCGCACCUGCGGCCGCCACCAGGCAUGCUGGGCAUGCCACCAGGAAGUCAUCCACCGAUGGCAUUCGCGCCAAUGCCCCCGCCAAUGGCGCCACUGCCGCCGGAGAUGCCUCCGAGCCUGCCGCCGGAUGACGAGCCACCGAGCAAGAAGAGCAAGACUGAGGAGAACCUGAUUCCAGAGGCGGAAUUCCUGGCGAAGAACAAGGGCCCCGUCACGGUGCGGGUUCAGGUGCCGGGGGCACAGGAGAAGGUGGAAUGGAAACUGAAUGGCCAGGUUCUGACCUUGACUCUGCCGCUGACGGACACGGUGUCAGUGCUGAAGGCGAAGCUGCACGAGGAGCUGGGCAUGCCGCCCGGAAAGCAGAAGCUACAGUACGAGGGCAUGUUCGUCAAGGAUUCGAACACGCUGGCCUACUACAACCUCGGCCCGAAUGCGACCAUCAUGCUUCAAGUCAAGGAGCGUGGUGGCAGAAAGAAGUAGCAGGGGACAGCGGGAUGAAACGUGCCAUGUUUUGCCUUUGGUGUUCAAGGCAUGAGGGGCGCUCGUUAACGAUUCCAACGUGCUGGCCUACUUUCAUCUUGGCCAGAAUGCCACCAUUGUGUUGCAGCUGAGGGAGCGUGGUGGAUGAAAGAACCAGUGAGGGAACAGAGCCCACUUUUUGUUUCGCUUUUUUUUUUUCCCCCUCUUUAUGUUACCCAUUUGUAAAGUCAUCUCGAACCGUUUUAUCAGUUGAGUGAUGAUGUUGGUCGUGGAUGCUGCGGUGAUGUCCAAAUGAAUAAUAUGAUGAAAUAAAACAAGGACAGUUGUCUGUCUGAAAAUAA